CAGAGCCAGGCAGGCGCUCCGCCGCUCGGAGCAGCUCACGCCAGCCCGGCCCGGGAUGGCGGUGGAGUAGGGGGCUGGUGACAGGCGCCGCGACCGAAAGCUACUCCUCCUAAACAGCGACAUGGGGGACCCAGUGCGCCGCCAGAAGCCACAGCUGCACUACGCGGGUGAUUUCACCUGGAACAGCAUGUCGGGCCGGAGUGUGCGGCUGAGGUCAGUCCCCAUCCAGAGUCUCUCGGAGCUGGAGCGAGCCCGGCUGCAGGAAGUGGCUUUUUAUCAGUUGCAGCAGGACUGUGACCUCAGCUGUCAGAUCACCAUUCCCAAAGAUGGACAGAAGCGAAAGAAAUCUUUGAGAAAGAAACUGGAUUCCCUCGGAAAGGAGAAAAACAAAGACAGAGAAUUCAUCCCACAGGCCUUUGGAAUGCCAUUAUCCCAAGUCAUUGCCAAUGACCGGGCCUAUAAACUCAAGCAGGACUUACAGAAAGACAUGCAGAAGGACGCAUCGGAUUUUGUGGCUUCGCUCCUACCAUUUGGAAAUAAAAAACAGAACAAAGAACUCUCAAGCAGUAACUCAUCUCUCAGCUCAACCUCAGAAACACCAAAUGAGUCGACAUCCCCGAACACCCCGGAACCGGCUCCUCGGGUCAGAAGGAGGGGUGCGAUGUCAGUGGAUUCGAUCACAGAUCUUGAUGACAAUCAGUCCCGACUUCUGGAAGCUUUACAGCUCUCCCUGCCAGCCGAGGCACAAAGUAAAAAAGAAAAGGCCAGAGAUAAGAAACUCAGUCUGAAUCCGAUUUACAGGCAGGUCCCCAGGCUGGUGGACAGCUGCUGUCAGCAUCUAGAAAAAUAUGGUCUCCAGACAGUGGGAAUAUUCCGCGUUGGCAGCUCAAAAAAGCGAGUGAGACAAUUACGGGAGGAAUUCGACCGUGGCAUUGACGUUUCUCUGGAGGAGGAGCACAGCGUCCACGACGUGGCUGCCUUGUUGAAGGAGUUCCUGAGGGACAUGCCGGACCCUCUGCUCACCCGGGAGCUGUACACGCCCUUCCUCCACACGCUGCUGUUGGAGCCAGAGGAACAGCUGGGCGCCCUACAGCUCCUCAUCUACCUUCUACCUCCCUGCAACUGCGACACCCUCCACCGCCUCCUGCAGUUCCUCGCCAUCGUGGCCAGCCGUGCUGACGACAUCAGCAAAGAUGGGCAAGAGGUCACUGGGAACAAAAUGACAUCUCUGAACCUGGCCACCAUAUUCGGACCCAACCUGCUGCACAAGCAGAAGUCAUCGGACAAGGAGUUCUCUGUGCAGAGCUCAGCUCGCGCCGAGGAGAGCACCACCAUCAUCGCGGUGGUGCAGAAGAUGAUCGAGAAUUACGAAGCCCUCUUCAUGGUAUCCCCGGAUCUCCAGAAUGAAGUACUGAUAAGCCUGUUGGAGACUGACCCUGAUGUCGUGGACUAUUUGCUCAGAAGGAAGGCUUCCCAGUUGUCAACAAGUUCUGUGCUCCCGGCUGCAGGGCAGGCCUGCCCACAGCACCCGGCCAGCGCGUUUACACCCUGACCUGGAGGGACCACACUAAGGGUGAGAACGUGACUCAGUCUCCAUGCUCAUCCCAGGCCUGUGUGCUCAGCUGGAACUGCCCAUGCGUGGUGCGGGUGGGCCAGGGGUUUUUGGAUCUCAAGAGGAAACCCACACUGCCUUGGAGCAAACCGGUGUCCACAGGGGACCCAGCCUUCAUCCAUUACAGGCUCCAGACUUAGCAGAAGAGAGGCCGCUGUGUGUUCCAUGCUUUGGCAAACAUUGGUUGAAGUAAAUAUUUCUCUGUAAGGAAAUACAUGAAUUUUGGAUGUCUUUGCUUGGGGCUCUCAACUCACAAUUGGCUUCUUCCUGGUGGGCAAAUCUUAGAGCAGGGGCUCAGAAAAUUGGAGUGUGUGCCAAUUUGACUCUGGCCUGUAUGAAGAUAAUGCCCGCUGAGGGCUGCCCCAAGGUAAGCUGAUCAUGAUGGGGUACAGUCUGAAGUGGAGGGGCUCGCCCGUUCUCUCCCUCACUCUCUCAUUUUCCCUCCAGUUUGCAGGCUCAGGGUAAUAGCCUUUCUGCUCUGGGGCUACGUCCCACAUUUCCACUCUCCUUUCCCCGGGUUUACUCAUGCCCCGGCCACUCACACACUUUCUGGAUCAGGAGGACUGCUGAUCAGAUUUUUUUUUAAUAUGAAAAAUCUUCUAGCACUUCAUAAAUGUGAUCUAAUUUAUUUAGACCUUUGCCCAAUUGCUUUUAAGGGAAACAGUUACUCUUAUAAAAUGAGCCAUGUUCUAGCAACGUGGGGAUGGAAUUAGAAAGCUUCAGAAGCAGAAAGCAGCCAGACCAAUGAAAUAGAGCACUGCGAGGGAGGCAAGGGUCCAGAAUGUCUGGGUCUCUGGCCCUGCUGGCUACAAAUGUGCUCUGCGAAGCCCUGAUAGGUCUGUGUCCAGAACACUAGAAAUUUCUGUCCGGCACAUAAUGAACCCUGUCUAAAUAGCAACUUGUACUGUUCUCACAGGCCACAGGAUUGUUUCACAAAAGGGUUCAGAGUUGACAAAGCUUCUUGCCCUGUGUACCUCCCAGUGUGUCCCUUUUCAUGACCAAGACACAUGGGGUGGCUGAGAAGUGAAGAGCCAGCUCUCAGAGAUGACCCUCUAGGCCCCCGAGAGACACCUCGGCCACCUGGGGACAGCUUCAGCCACCUUCCGGGGGCUCUCUCCUGAGUGGGGCCUGACUUAGGAGAAUGAACCACAAGAGCAGAGAAAGGCCGGUUAGUUUCCCCUGCCCACACUCUCACCUUAACAUGUUCGGCUCCACAACCAAGGUGCUGUCCGUUAUCUGGAUGGUGCUGGCUGCGGGAGGAGGAGAUCCAGGCGCCGGCUGGAACGGGCCUCUCUCCUCCUAUAGAUGCCUCCAUACUCAGCCUAUCCCUGGUUUCCUUCGUCACAGACCUGUAGCCCAUUGUCACUGCAGAGGGAGGAGGAGAAGGGGAGGCGGAUGGCCAGUGGUUCUCUCUCUUCCCUGAGCUCCACAGGGGCCUGGAGGACUCGCUGGCAGGCCCCAGGCAGCCCACCCCCGCUGCCCUCAUGCAAGAGCCCAAGCUUGGUUUUAGGCUCUGAGGCCGCCAUCUUGAAAUUCUUGAGCGUUCUCGAACCAAGGGCCGCUCCCAUUCGUUUUGGCCUAGUCCAUCGUUCCAGGGUGGGGCCCGUG